AUGGCGGAUAACGAUGAAUAUGAACGUUUUCUUCAAACGCACGAAUUUCAACUUGUAGUCAACAAUAUCCCAAAACAUUUCUAUCGACGUUUAUAUGAAAAAAUGCACAAUGAAAUAUUCGAUAGUGGAUCAUAUUUUCAACUUUGUCCAGCUGAUGACGACGAUGAAGAAUUAGAAGGAACCUAUAAUGCUGAACGUCGGUAUUAUGUAUCGACAUUAGAAGAUGUUGUUCUAGAUCCGCAUAAUGAUGAAAAUGCUAUAUUUCUUAUUGAUCAUGCUUGGACAUAUAGAAUAAAAGAUGCACGAAAUAAUCUCAAGACGAUACCGGCUUUAUAUGAGCGUAUGGCAUCAUUAAUGAAUAUUGAUGCAGAAACAAAAGAAGAUGGUAUUGAACUUAUUCUACAACGUAUGUGGAAAUAUAAUCAAACAUAUACAUUAACAUCAACGCAAGUUGAAACACAACGAGAUUGUGAAGAAACAUACGAACCGUAUUGGUAUAUAAUGGAUGAAUUGGGUUCAUCAAUUCGCCAUUCAAAUACAAAUGCUAAUGUUUGUUGUACAUCAUUUUUCUUUGGACCCAGUCAAACAAUGUUUUCAAUAUUCUAUCCAAUUGUUCGUAUUGAUCAGCCGUAUACAGAAAUUUUCCGUAAUUUUGUCUACGAUAAUAAUGAAACAUUAGAUCGAAGUAUUCGAUUAUUACCAUGGAAACAUUUACAUGCUCGUAAAACGUUUCUUCGACAUUUAACGAUAGAAAAUAGUUCAGAAUUAUUCAAUCAAAAGCUUCAAAAUAGUCUUGACAUAUUUGAAAAAUGUCAUCAACAUGAUUUGUAUGAUAAAAAGCAGAUUCUUAUGAAUGACUCAACCAAAAUCGAUCAGGACCGUGUUUGGAAAGUUUAUACAGAUCAUGAACUCGUUACACAAUAUUUAAAUGAUAAACAUUAUCAAUUGAUUGAUGAUCCUGAUCAAGCCGAUAUAUUAUUUGUUAUGAAACAGUUAAACGAAUUUCGUCAUGAAACCAUAGAGAAUAAAUUAAUCAAUCAAUUUCCAUUGGAAAACAUCAUUACAAAUAAAGAAUUAUUGGCACUUACUGCAAGACGAUGGAAAUCGUUGAAUGGCUCAUCAACAUCUGACAAUGAUCCAUAUAUUGAUUCACAUGGAAGUCCUCCAUGGUUAGCAACAACAUUUAAUCUCACAUAUGAACUAUCACAAUUUGCUGUUUACUUUCAAUAUCGUGAAGAUCAACAGCUUGAUAAUACAUGGAUAGUCAAACCAAUAAAUUUAACACGUUCCAUUGAUAUGUCCGUCACAAAUUCAUUUGAUAUGAUCAUACGUUUACCGGAAUCAGGACCGAAAAUUGCAUGUAAAUAUGUAUCAUCACCUGUUCUAUUGAAAAUACCUGAAAUGGAAAAUCAAAGCAUAAAAUUCGAUGUACGUUAUGUUAUUCUUUUACGAAGUUUACGACCAUUGAAAUUAUACGUUCAUAAAAUUUUUUGGCUUCGUUUUGCAAAUAAACCAUUUUCACUAAAGGAAUUAGACGAUUAUGAAACACAUUUUACAGUGAUGAACUAUCGACCGAAUGCAUUUUUACGGCAAAUGAAUUGUCACAUAUUUACGUCUAUGUACAAUGAACAAUAUGGUCACAAUGAACAAUGGUCUAUUGUUGAACAACGAAUAUUUCAAAUGUUCAGAGAGAUAUUUCAAUGUGCAUCUAUCGAAGAACCACCAUUCGGUAUUGCUUCUUGUUCAUCGUCAAGAGCUCUAUAUGCUGCUGAUUUGAUGCUCGAAAUGAUAGACAAUAAAGUACAACCGAAAUUAUUAGAAAUUAAUUUUACACCAGAUUGUUAUCGUGCUUGUACUUUCUAUCCAAAUUUUUAUAAUCAAGUUUUUAAUGUACUUUUUCGUGACAUAGCCGCGGAACAAGAUGUUAUUGAUAUAUCAGUAUAA